CUAAGACUGCCUUCACCUUUGCAUCACUAGGAUGAAUGCUUACUUGAUCAACUUUGUACCCAAAGAAUUUUUCUAAUUCUACUCUACAGGCACACUUGUGGGUUCAGCCUAGCUCAUAUUAUACUAUUUUCACCUUGUGAAGACUCUCUUAAGAACCUCAUUGUGAUCAUCAUUUUUCUUUGCUUUCACCGUAUACUACAAGAAAAACGAGCAAAGCGGCGGUCCAAGUGACUGCCACUGUAGUAAUGUCUGACGUGGCGGUCAUUGCAAGGCCGCCGCCUAAAUCCGAUUUGGCAUUUGGCACUGCGGCGGUCUAGGGAAGGCAUGCGGGGAAGUCAAAAAUACUCUUCCUGCGUGAAUAUUGAGAUUCCUCUUCAACGGAACAAAGUGUUCGCGGAGAGCCUUUUGCAGCAUAACCUUUUGACGAAGAAGAGACCACUUUGAUGAAGAGAAGGACGACUUCUUUGGGGAAAACAAGCAUGGCGCGACUCCAAACUAGCAUCGAACUUGUUCGUUGUUUGCUUGUGAAGGAGGAUGACUUCUUUCCUUUUUUCUUUGAUUGAACGGGAUUAACAAAGAAAUAUUCGACCCUUGUUCGUUCGAGUAGGAGAAGAGAAGGUUUUCUAUUGUUCUGCAUUAAUAAAAAAUCUACUGAGAACUACAUCAAAGGUUUGGAGAAUGGAAUCUACAGUAAGCCUUUGGUUUGCAGAGACAAAAAUCAGUGAUGCAAGCUCAGAAUCUUGGAAAGUCUUGGAAGGCAUGUUUUUGACAUUUAUAUAUAGGUAUGCAUAUAUUAUACUAGGUCUAUGUCAUUGAAUCCAUGAAGCUGCAUUGUUAUUUCAACCCGUUUCUAAUUAGUUGAACCCAUCCAUUAAUGAGAAUAUAGAUCAACCUUAAAUUAAAUUGUAUAUAUAGAUAACACAACUCGUAUAUGUGUCUUUUAAUAAAUGGCAACUUUCCGUUCUCUCAUUGGAGUAUACUAAAUGGAGCUUAUAAGGGUUUUUUGUCCACAACUUAAAAGGUUUAAUAAAAGAAACAUCAGAAGAGAAUCUUUGAAUAAAAUUUCUUGCCAUGGGUCUUGAACUCAUAUUUCAAUUAUUGAAUCUCUCAAGUUUAUCUUACUUACAAAAUACCAGAAGCAAACAAAAAAAAAACCGUUAAGUUUCAUGCAUAUUUGUUAAUCUUUAUGUGUUUUUAGUUUGUCUAUAUAUACCUGAUGCUCCAAAAGAUUUUCUUAGUUGUUAAAGCUAUGUUUUCAAUGUUUUAGAGUAAUCUACAAUUAAAAGACUUUGAUAUAAGAAAGGAGGCAGGUGGGGCCUCUAAUAAAGCUGUUCAGAAAGAAUUUAAGGCCAAUGUACCUGAGAACUUUCUUGAAAUUCAUCUUUUCUGGGCUGGAAAAGGUACUUGUUGCAUACCUGAACAAGAUUACUAUGGACCAUCUAUCUCUGCCCUGUCUGUAACUUCAGCUAAUAUAUUAGGAAUUGAUGGAUGAAUCUAUUUUAAUGAAUGAAUGUAAAGAAUCAGGUAAUGUUUUAUUUUUUUUUUUUAAAUUACUGAUUAUGGAUUUCUUGGUCAGACUUCACACCAACUGUUAGUGGCCUUCCACCAACAACCACAAUAAGUGAGGGAAAGACAGAAUUGAUUUGGAACUCAGGGUUAGAAAGAUGAUCAUAACCACUAGGAAAAACAAAUAGGCUUGCUAGGGAUCACGAGCCUCCUCCUUGGAAGUUUUUGGUUCAUUUCUUUCUAUGGCACAAAACAUGGAAUUAUUGUCUGGCAUUAUAAUAUAAUGGAUUUUCAAUAAGUGACAUGAAAAGGGUAUCAUAUCAGACCUUACCUUCCGGUUUAUCCUUGAACAUCUUUCUCUUACAGCCAUAUAUAUGCUUGCACAUUUGUGUGUGAUACAUAACUAAGCAUGUAAGGGGAGAAUUCCUUUUGUUAUUUGUUGCUUAUAUUUUCUCCAAAUAAAUCCUUAUAAUUCUUGGUUUCAUGGUUUUUGAAUAUUUUGUAAACCGAAGAAGUCUUCUCGUUUAUAUGUACAUAUACUAAUAAGGACUUUAAGUUGAAUUUUAUGAUUUCUAUAGGGCGUACUUUUAGAUGGGAGGUUAAUGGUUGUGCAACAACUCUCUGUGGCAUCCCAUCAAGGAAGAAGUCAACUUGUAAUAGAGAUUGCUACCAUAUCUGCAGUUUAACAACGAAAUACUUUGAAUCUUGAUUGGCACACCCAUUAUAAUAUAUGCUUGGGAGCAGCAAAAGGGCUAGCUUAUCUUCAUGAAGAGUCAAGACCUAGGAUUGUACAGAGAUGUCAAGGCUAGUAAUAUUCUACUUGAUGCUGACUUAAAUCCCAAAAUUUUGGAUUUUUGUUUGGCCAAGCUAUAUGAUAAGAAGACCUGCAUUAGUACCCAAGUUGCCAGAACAAUGUAAUCACCCGAAAGCAUUACUUACAUCACUUUUCUAUCUUCAUUUACUUUUUCUUUAUAUUUAUGAUCCUUGGUCUAUAUAACAAAGUARCAUCAGUUUUGGUUGAUGUCUGUUAAGUGGCUAUUUGACACUAGAGUAUGCUUUGCGUGGGCAUUUAACUGAGAAGGCUGAUGUGUUUGGAUAURGUAUUGUUGUUCUAGAGAUCAUUAGUGGACAGCCAAAUUUUUACUCCAGCUUGGAUCCAGAGAAGAUAUAUCUUCUUGAAUUGGCGUGGAAUCUACAUGAAAAUAACUGUGAGAUUGAACUCAUUGACCCAAAAUUGAGUGAAUUUGAUGAAAAAGAAGCCUGCCAACUUAUAAGACUAGCUCUAUUAUGCACUCAUGUAUCACCAGCGUUGAGUCCCAACCAAAAUUUGUAAGCCCGUAUUUGUCUUUAAUAAGCCUUCUCCAGAGGCUGCAUCUUUCCUUGUUGAACCUGAGUCUCAACCAAAAUUUGUAAGCCCUUAUUUACAAUUUUGAUGCACAUGUGGAAAGGAAAGGGACCAACUUAGGUGACCACUUGGGUACUGGGAUCAUGAGUUGGUUGACAAGUUGCACAUCCUCGGGAUGUUUCUGCAAUCCAUCCUCAGUUGAAACAUGAAUGGAAGUGGCACCUCUUUAAAGAAAUUACAGAUAACAAGAAGUUAUAGCUUUCUAGAGAAGGUUGAGGAGCUCUGGAACCAUACUCACAAGGAGAAUUCCAGUGCUAGCACAGCUGAUGAAGCCUUCUCCUACAGACAUUGGAAUGGAGAAUGCUUGGACAGGGUUUCAGUCCCGGAGAGCAACUGCACGAAAGAUUUUCCUUCUAUAUCCAACACCGUGGUUGAAGGGAAUACUUGCUCACAGACACACAUGGAAGGUCUGAGUACGGGUGAUGACAACUGUGAAGAUAUUGGAAAAAGACUUAAAAAUCUAUCUCUGAUAUCAGAAUUUGAAACCCUGGAUGGUGAUCAUAAGGUCUCAUUUGCAACAUUGUUAACAAUUUGUGGGCAAUCGGCUCCUUCAACAUUAUUGGAUGUCUUCUCCCAGUAUUGUGAUCCAAACAGUAUUAUCAAGAUUGGUGAAGGAACAUAUGGAGAAGCCUUUGAGGCUGGUGCAACCAUUUGCAAGAUAGUGCCUAUCGAUGGAGACUUUAGAGUGAACGGUGAAGUGCAAAAGGUGUCAGCUGAAUUGCUUGAGGAGGUCUUACUUGCCAGACUCUUAACCGUUUAAGAAGACAUGAUGGUCAUGUUUCAAAUGCAUCUACAACAUUCAUUGAAACAUUGAAGUCAAAUUGGAACAAGGAAUCGAAAUGUUGAACAUUUUCAAGAAUUAUGAAAUUGAUGUGUCCAUCCUGGAUGAUUUCGAUUUUUACAAGGAUCACCAGAAAGCCAUGAAGGAAAGGAAGAAAUAGCAAGCUAGCUUGAUGGUUGUCCCCGUUGGUGGCAAUGAGCACCGAAAUCCAGUCUCAAUAUCUAGUGGCUUCAUAAAAUAGAUGACCAAGAGAUUUGUUCAAGUUGUUAGGUUGGAAGAAAGUGGUAAAGAAGACCUAAUAACAGAGAAGGGUGGCUCUACUGUUGCUAUAGCUGUAGGUGCUAGAGUUAAAUCUGAAGAUGCGUUACAUUAUUCAAGAAGAUUUUUUUAAAUGCCUUGUACCGUUUUAUAUGUCAAUUGGAUAUUGUAUAUAAGCAACUUGUUUUGGAUAUUACAAUAAUUAAUAAUUUAAUUAAAAGUUUUUUUAUUUAAA